AUGCCUCGCCCCUCAAAGAAGGCCCUCGCCGCCACCCCCAGCGCACCCGUUGCUGCCGUUCCCGUCGCGCCUGCUCAGCCCGUGCAGCCCCUCCAGAUCCCCCAAAGACACAUUGAUGUCGAGGGUUUCAUUCGCGUCCGCGACUCGGUUCACCAGCGCCUCAUCACCAUCUUGGAGUUGAUCAAGAACUUCUCCGAGGACUACUACCGCCAGACCAGCCUGCUUCUUGGCGAGUCUGCACACGAGGCUAUCCCGGGCAUUGACCACCCUCUGAACACCUUGGAGCAUGCUGCCCAGAGCAUCGCUCCCCUGGCCCUUGGUCUCCAGCCCGGCGUUGCCUACCACCCUGCCCCUGUUGAGGAGAAGAAGGAGCGCAAGAAGCGCACCCACGACCCCAAUGCUCCCAAGCGCCCCCUGACCCCCUACUUCCUGUACAUGCAGACCGCCCGUCCCAUAAUUGCGAAUGACCUUGGUGAUGCCGCUCCCAAGGGUGCUGUUCAGGAGGAGGGCCAGCGCCGCUGGAAGGCCAUGAACCUUCAGGAGAAGGCCGGCUGGAACAACGCGUACCAGUACAACCUCCGCCUCUACCAGGCUCGCGUCCACUCCUACAAGCAGGGUGGCAACCUUGAGGCCAGAAACAUGGACGAUGAUAGCGCUCUCAAGUACGCCGAGGAGCACAACAUCCAGAUCAACCCUGUUGAUGUUGUCCCCGAUGUUGAGGAUGCCAUCGCCGAGCAGCUCAACCAGGCCAACACCGUCGAUGCUCCUGGUGAAGAGGAAGAGGAGGAGGAAGUCCCUGCCCCCGUCAAGACCCCCAAGAAGCCCGCUUCUACCCGCAAGCGCAAGACUGCCACUCCCGCUGCCGAGCCCGAGGCCAAGGCUGCUGCCACUCCCGCAAGCCCUGACAAGAAGCGCCGCCGCACAUCCACCAAGGCCGCUGACGCCACUGAGUCGGCGGAGCCAGCCAAGAAGAGCAGAGCGAAGAAGGGCAAGAACUAA